AUGGAGAGGAAGACUGAGGAGACUUGGAAACCAGUGAUGGUCAAAAAGCAAAAGGAGCUUCAGCGCUGGUGUCAGGACAUGUUCUGUGGAGACCACAGCAGUCACCAGCAUGAAGGCAACGCUACGCAUCUAACCUGCACAGACAAUGUGACGGUAGUCCUCCGGCACGAAGAAAAAACCAGUCAGUGUUUCGGCACGGUGCACGUGAACCACCAGGGGACGCUGUGGCCAGUGUGCGCCACGGACUGGAAGGAGCAGAACGCACGACUGGUGUGUCAGGAGCUGGGCUGUGGACACUUGGUCAAGUUCUUCUCCACCAAGGCCUCCUCCUCUUCUAUCCUGGACUCUGUAGUUUGUACGGAUCAGGACUCGUCUUUGUGGAGCUGCAAAUCCAAACACAGCUCAACAUCCUUCGGCUGCAGCCAACACGUCUUCGUCAUCUGCAACGACGGUGUAAAGCUGCGUCUCUCUGAUGGCCCUGGUCGCUGCUCUGGUCGUUUGGAUCUGUGGUUUGAAGGCCGCUGGCAGAAGGCUCGUCAGAGCCAGUGGAGUCGGAUGAACUCUGAGGCAGUGUGUAAAGACCUGGGGUGUGGAGAGGGAGUCAUUGGCUCCCCCUCCCCCCAUCGCUUCCCACAGGGGCCACACCCAUACCUGGACCGGAGCUUCCAGUGUUCGCCUGACGCCCAGAGCCUCCUGAGGUGCCCUAUGAGAGAGGAGCGUAACCCACCGAGAGAGGAUUCCAUUGUGGACAUCACCUGCACGGGUAAGACCCAACACUAA